UCAGAAAAUGAAAACUAGUGUUUCCCCUAUUUAAGACACAUCCACACAGGAUGGUCUUCAGAGAACCUAAAGGGGAAGGUUCAGGACCAAAGAGCCCUGAGGAUCUCCAGCAUCUGCAAGAUCCACAAUGGCUAGGCUCUGUGCUUUCCUGAUGGUCCUGGUGGUGAUGAGCUACUGGUCCACCUGCUGUCUAGGAUGUGACCUGCCUCCCACUCUCAAUCUCAGGAACAAGAGAGCCUUCACACUCCUGGCACAAAUGAGGAGACUCUCCCCUGUCUCCUGCCUGAAGGACAGACAGGACUUUGGAUUCCCCCAGGAGAAGGUGGAUGCCCAGCAGAUCCAGAAGGCUCAAACCAUCCCUGUUCUGCAUGAGCUGACCCAGCAGGUCCUGAACAUCUUCACAUCAAAGGAGUCAUCUGCUGCUUGGAAUGCAACCCUCCUAGACUCAUUCUGCAAUGACCUCCACCAGCAGCUCAGUGACCUCAAAGUCUGCCUGAUGCAGAAGGUUGGAAUGCAAGAACCUCCCCUAACCCAAGAAGACUCCCUGCUGGCUGUGAGGGAAUACUUCCACAGGAUCACUGUGUACCUGAGAGAGAAGAAACACAGCCCCUGUGCCUGGGAGGUGGUCAGAGCAGAAGUCUGGAGAACCCUGUCUUCCUCAGUCCACUUGCUAGCAAGACUGAGUGAGGAGGAGUGA